GGAACACCCUGCUAUUGCGCCAUGGCCACUUCUAUCGUACUCAUGCGAUGUUUCGAAAGCUAUAGAACUCUAUGUUUAGUUUUUUUUUUCUCGGUGGAUGGAUGAAUUGGGGGAAUGUUUUGGUCCUAGAGUUAAUUGCUGAAAUGGUGUUGUGUAAAUUCUUUCAACAAGGAACAUGUCGUUAUGGCUCCAAAUGUCAUAAGGAGCACAUUGAUAUCCGGCAAAUCGUCAAAACAGACAUAGAGUCGGCUCUUAAUGGGAAACAGUGGCCUCUGUCUUGUUAUGGCCCAUUUAAAGACAAAAUUGGCAUUCCAAACUUUAUCGAAGAUCAACUUUUUGAGGAAGUUCGACUUUUGUGCUAUGAAGCAAAACAAAAUAACUAUUUUGAUCAAUUUCACCAACAAUUCAACAAAGAGAUAAUUGAUGCUAAUAGCAAAAUGAAAGCUUUGUUGCAAAUGACACCCGAAAUAUUGGAUAUUGUAAUGAAUUGUUAUGACUCUACAGUUGGCAACAAUGUUUCCCAACCGAUUGGUGUAUUUGAAAGUGGUGCUACAUCUGAAGUUCCAGUGUUUGGUAAAUCGCCAAGCACAUCAUUUGUACAGAACAACAACAUGAUUUCUGCAAAUAACGGAGGAAACAUAUUUGGUUUUGGAAAAACCAAUGCUCCAAAUGUUUUUGAAGGUUCAUCGUCGAUGAAUCAACCUCAAUCAUCUAUUUUUGGACAAACCUCCAAAGUUGGAAACCCUAUUUUUGGAGGGUCGACGUCGGUUUUUGGACAGCAGCAAACAUCCUUAGCAAUGAACAGUAAUAUUUUUUCACAACAAACAUCUGGAACAGGUACGUUUCCCCACCAAAGUAAUGUGCCACAACAGCAUUCUCCGUUUCUUCCAGCCCAAGGUGGUAGCAACAUUUUCAAUCAAUCGGGACCCUCUCCACAGUCUCCAAACAUAUUUACACAAGGAACAGUUCAUCGCCAAACACAGGGGGUUUUUGCACUACCAUCGACUCAGGCUGCACAACUUACAUCACAAAAUACUGUCGAGUUUGGUCAAUCUGUUUCUCAAAAUAUGCCACAAAAUUUGUUCACUCAAUGUGGUCCACAACACUUUAUUCAGAAUGCGCCUACAGAGCCCUCAAAUGUGUUCAAGCAACCCCAAUUUAACCAUGUUAGUGAUCAGUCUAUCAAUCAGUCAAAAACUAGAAACGGAAUCGCUGCAAACUCACUAUAUAGCCUAAUGAAAGAUCUUGCACAAGAUGAAAUUGAAGCCUUUAAAGCUGAAUUCUUUCUUCCAGGAAAGUUACCUCUAAAUCCACCUCCUAAGGAAUUAGUUGACGUUUAAUUGAGAUUCAAAGCUAAGUAAAAUUCGAAAAUUUUGAACAAAUCAAAUUAUUAAUUUAAACUACAUAUAUAAAUGGCCUUUGCAGAAUGAUUAAUUAUACAGUCUUAUUCUGAAGAUUACUAGAAAGUCUUCUUCUUUAGAAACAUUCCCAUGUUCGCUCUGUUAUAAACAAUAAAAAUAUAACAAUCACAUCGCA